AUGGGAGAUAUUCAACAUGUCAUAGAUUUUAUUCCUGGAUCUAUUAUCUCAAACAAGCCUGCUUAUCGAAUGAGUCCAAAAGAACAUGAAGAGUUACAACGACAAGUUAAGCAACUUUUUGAAAAGGGUUUAGUAAGUGAGAGCGUUAGUAUUUGUGCAAUUCCUGCUUUAUUGGUGCCAAAGAAAGAUGGAACAUGGAGAAUGUGUAUUGAUAGUUGUGAUGUGAACAAGAUUACCAUCAUGGAGCCACAAUCUUUUCCAAGAUUGACCUCCAGAGUGGAUAUCAUCAAAUCCUUAUGCGUCAGGGAGAUGAAUGGAAGGCUGCAUUCAAGACUCGUGAUGGGAUAUAUUGUUUCUAGUCAAGGAAUUGAGGUUGACCAAGGUAAGGUUGAAGCUAUUAUCAACUGGCAUAUACCAAAUACACUUCAUGAUGUACGAAAUUUUCAUGGUUUAGCUUCAUUUUAUCGUCGAUUCAUUAGAAACUUUAGCUCUAUUGCUGCUCCACUUACGAAAUGCUUAAAAAGAGAAAGUUUCACGUGGAAUACUAAGGCACAUCGGAGUUUUGAAGAAAUGAAAGGAAGGAUCACUAGAGCACCUAUACUUGCCUUACCUAAUAGUGACCAGUAUUUGAAGUUGAUUGUGAUACUUCUAAUGUGGGUAUUGGUGUUGUUCUUUCUCAAGAAGGUUGGCCAAUUGCCUUUUUCAGUGAAAACUCAACAAUUCAAAGUUGAAAUAUUCAACUUAUGA